AUGCCUUCCCUCGCUGCCUCCCUCGUGGGUUUGGCUCUCAUAGCUCACGCAUCAGCUCAUCUGAGUUUGAUCAACAUUUACGGAUCAAACGAUGUUGUAGGACAUGCUUUUGGUGUGAAUUUGUACGGAAAGUACCCCCGCGCAAGAGGUGAAGCUGGUGAUGCUGGUGGUGACUCCGGUGUAUUCGAAACUGGGACCGACACUCCCUUCCCAGCAUGUGGGAGUACUCCCGAACUCGGGCCUAUCGAUCUCGGCGCCUGGAUGGGCCAAGCCGAAGGGGAUGGCCUUCCCGCGGCACACGCUAACAUGUCGGUGGUAGUUGAAGCUUUCCAAGUCAAUCGUGACGGUGGAGGUCCCAUGAGUUGUGAAUAUAGUGAGGAUGCAACCACGACAUCAUGGAAGCCAAUGUUUAUGACUCUAAAUCAAGCCGGAAACUCGGGCAUCCAGAACCAACUACGCUCAAACGUGACUGUCGUCAUGAACUUCCCACCUAAUGCCAAAUGUACUGGUGGCUGGACGCAAACUGCUUGUAUUGUACGGUGUCGCACAGGCGUUAACAAACGGUUUGGGGGAUGCUUUGCCGUUAAGCUGAGUGACUCGACCCAGCCCAGCCUGGUGACAUCAAAUUCUACAGAUUCAAACGACACCUCAAUCGUUGCCCGUCCGGUUGCCAAUGAAAGGUUUGCUGAGGGGACUUCAACUGACCUAUCCGAUGAACAAAUCAGCCAAAUCGCAAAUCAAGUGAUCCUACAAAUGAAAAAUGAUGGGCUCAUCUUUGCCUCGUCAAAUAAUUCAACUCAAACACCGUCCAUCGCCUCGCAGCCAUCGGACACGGGAAAAUGCGAUCUGUCGAAAUCCCGUCUUGCAGAUCCAAAUCAAUCGGCCGACAACAUCCCACCCCCCCAGACACCUGAUGCCGGAAGGGACCAAGAGGGCAACUCAACCUCGCUUUCUGAUAAUCCUGAUGCCGAAAGCAACCAAGGCGAUAAUCCUGAUGCCGGGAGCAACCAAGACGAUAAACCUGAUGUCGGAAGCAACCAAGGCGAUAAUCCUGAUGCCGGAAGCAACCAAGGUGAUAAUCCUGAUGCCGGAAGUAGCCAAGGUGAUAAUCAAGCCUUGUUCCCGGACACUUCUGCUUCUGAAAAUCCAUUCCCCGAGAAUAUUGAUGCUACCAGCAACCAAGGGGAUAGCAUGAACCCAGCCCCAAACACCCAAGAUACCCCUAGCCCGACGACCAACACUCCUGAUGCUGAGAAUAAACAAGCUGAGAAAUUCCCUGUCGGUCCUAGCCCGGUUGUUCCUGAUGAUACCGGCUCCAAUGCCUCCGAUGCUUCCAAAAAGCAAUUGGACACCGCCCCAAACGUUCCCGCUAUCGAUACCUCAGCCAUUGGAGUCUCUGAUACCGACGACAAACCAGUGACAAACGCUAUUCCAGGCACGAGCUCUAUGACUUCGAAUAUAUCAAGCGUCGAUGCUUCAGCUGAGACAGACAAGAAGUUCAACAUCAUCAUCUCAAAUUUCAAUCACACUUCUAGAUUGAGCCAUGUUUCCAAUGCCACCGAUGCUUCCAAAAAGCAUGUUAACACCACCCUAAAUGUUCCAGCUGCCAAUAACUCGGCCAAUGGAGUCUCCGACACCGACAACAAACUGAUGACAAACGCAACUUCAGAUGGCAGCGCCUCGGCUUCGAAUAAUACAACAGUCGAUGCUUCUGAUGAGGCAGAUGAGAAGUUCAAUAGCAGCAUCUCAAAUAGCAAUAACACUUUUGGAUUGAACCAUUCUGCCCUCGUGUCCCCUGCCGCGCACAAUCAACGAUUGGUGAACACUACUUCAAGUUCAGGCGCCAACUUAACCAUCGCAACCGGCUCUCAUCAAGCCAACAACACAGCAACAGCGCAGCACAAUCCAGAUGCUUCAAAAAGCGCGCCCAUCGUGGCCAUCCAUACUGUUGACAAACCUUUGGUCGACGCCACCGUGAACGCCAGCAAUGCUUCUGUUGCAGGUAACUCAACCGUUGGUGCAUCUGAUGUUGCAGAUAAUGAGCUCUACAAAGGCAUUCAGGUAUCUAUUAUUCCUCUUCCAUCCAAGAAAGAAACCUCAGAAAAACACUGGUCAAGGAGUCGCAUUAGCCAGAGAAAAUCUCAAAAAUAA